GACAGCAGCUCUCACCCACACAACACAACACAUUACAGCCGUCGCUAGCUAGCUAACAUACAUCCACACCCUGCACACACACAACACACACACACACACACACCCACACACACGCACACACACACACACACUGAGUGGCAUCCUCCACACAGACCAAGACGCCCUUGGACUGCUGCAGGCGAGCCUGGAGACGAGCCUGGAGACGAGCCUGGAGACGAGCCUGGAGACGAGCCUGGAGACGAGCCUGGAGACGAGCUCGGAUGAGGGUGUGGUCAUGGCAGUGUGGGGAGACGGGUGUGGUUCUGCUGGGUUUCCUGACCCUGGCGGUGUCUGUGGGAAACCUGUCCACCAGGGGGCUGCAGGAGGAGGGCGUGGCCUCCAACAGUCUGGAGGAGGAGCUAGAGGUGACCACAUACUGGUGGGGCGAGUGGGCCAAAUGGACCGCCUGCACUCGGACCUGCGGAGGGGGAGUGAUGUCGCAGGAGAGACACUGCCUCAAACAAAGGAAAAAAGUUGCUGCUGGAAAGGACAACAUGACCUGCACAGGAACUGCCAAGAAAUAUCGUCUCUGCAACACUAAAGACUGUCCUGCCACUGGGAGGAGCUUCAGGGAAGAGCAGUGCUGGUCCUUCAACUCCCAGAUCUACAGUGGGAAGAACUACCAGUGGAAACCUCUUUAUCCUGAUGAUUAUAUUCAUAUCUCCAGCAACCCCUGCGACCUUCACUGCACCACGACCGACGGCCAGAGGCAGCUCAUGGUGGCGGCACGAGACGGGACGUCCUGCAAAUACAGCAGCUACCGCGGGGUCUGCGUGGACGGUAAAUGUGAGCCAAUCGGAUGUGACGGGGUACUAUUCUCCUCCAACACCUUGGAUAAAUGUGGCGUUUGUCAAGGAGACGGCAGCAGCUGCAGCAGAGUCACCGGAAACUUCCACCGCGGGGCCUCCACUCUGGGUUAUUCUUUUAUCACUCAAAUCCCUGAAGGCUCCUGGGACAUCCAGAUCAUUGAGAGGAAGAAAUCAGCUGAUGUUCUCGCUGUGACCGACCAGGCAGGAAACUUCUUUUUUAACGGUGCCUACAAGGUGGACAGUCCCCAGAACUUCCAUGUUGCCGGCACCGUGUUUAAAUACCGCCGGCCCAUGGAUGUUUACGAGACCGGGAUCGAGUACAUUGUUGCCAAAGGCCCCAUUGACCAGGCCAUAAAUAUCCUGGUGUGGAACCAGAAUGGUCGAACUCCGUACAUCACCUAUGAAUACACUGUUCUUCGAGACUCCCUGCCUCCCGUCCCACCUCCACCUGUCUACACAGGAUCAGAUACCUCAGCAGGUGAGGUAUCAGUGGAAGUGGGUGGCCUGCUGGCCCCUAACAGCAGCAUUUAUGAUCAGAAGGCCCCCAUGGACCAGCUGGAAACAGGGGAUGCAGAUAGACAGAAGGGCCAAGAAACCAAUGAAGUAUAUGAACAGACGGCAGCGAUCGACUGUGACCAGGACGACGCGUCCACCUCUAGAUUUACAGGAAACAGCAGUCGAACAAGCAGCACAGCCAAACCGGCUCCUGACGGUGGACAUCCGGACACAGGAUCAGACUCCACAAACCUUAUAUGGAGGGUCCUACUGGAUGGACGGAUGGGUCCGGACGAGCUGCUCAUCAACAUCUCCACCAAUCAGCUGCUGACGGAGGGAGACGCUUUGUUCUCAUCAGAGAUGGGCCUAAGCAGCCUGGAGCAGGCCAGGGCUUUGGAUCUGAACGAGACCCUGGAGUUCACUCUGGGCCACAAACGCAACGACAGCGGAGACGCCAACCAGAACAGAACAGUGCCGAGCGGAGGGAGGACCUCCAGCCGCUCCAACAGAACCAGAGGGAAUCAGAGGUUCUACCAGAAGAGUCUGAAGCUGAGUGCUGCCGACAUGUACCGCUGGAAACUUUCGUCUCAGGAGCCCUGCAGUAUGACCUGCUCUAUAGGAGUGUCGAAGUCCUUCGUCACGUGUGUUCGUUAUGAUGGCGUUGAGGUGCACGACAUGUACUGCGAUGCUCUGACCAGACCAGAACCGGUCCAUGACUUCUGUAUCGGGAGGGAAUGUCAGCCCAGAUGGGAGGCCAGCAGCUGGAGCGAGUGCUCCAGAACCUGUGGGGAGGGGUUCCAGUUUCGCCAAGUUCGCUGUUGGAAGAUGCUCUCGCCAGGCCUGGACAGCUCUGUCUACAGUGACCUCUGCACCAUGGCUGACCUGGAGAGGCCCGUGGAGAGACGGGCCUGUAGGGGCCCGGCCUGUGGUCCACAGUGGGAAGUGGCGGAGUGGACGGAGUGUCCUGCUAAAUGCGGCCGCAAAGCUCAGGUGACCCGUGAUGUCCGCUGCUCUGACGACACCAGGCCAUGUGACCCCAUGACCAAACCGCCGAACAUUAAAAACUGCACCGGUCCGCCCUGCGAACGCCACUGGACCGUGUCUGAGUGGGGGCCUUGCUCGGGCUCGUGCGGACAGGGGAAGAUGGUACGUCAUGUGUACUGCAAGGCUCCGGAGGGCCGAGUGGUUCCUGAGAACCAGUGCUCCACGGAGAACAAGCCCCUGGCCAACCAGCCCUGUGGGGAGAGGGACUGUGCUCCACACUGGCUAAGCCAAGACUGGGAGAAGUGUAACACAACAUGCGGACGUGGAGUAAAACGACGGAUCGUCCUGUGUGUCGGCAUCACUGGAGGAAAGUUCCAGACCUUUAAUGAAGAGGCGUGUGGAGGCAGUGAGAAGCCUGAAGAGGAAAACACCUGCUUUGAGAGGCCAUGCUUCAAGUGGUACACCACCCCCUGGUCUGAGUGCACAAAGACGUGUGGUGUGGGGGUGAGGAUGAGGGACGUCAAGUGUUACCAGGACAGGGAGCUGGUCCGAGGCUGCGACCCCCUCACCAAACCCGUGGCCAAGCAGACCUGCACCCUGCAGCCCUGCCCAACCGAACCUCCAGAUGAGAACUGCCAGGAUCGGCCCUCCACUAACUGCCUGCUGGCUCUGAAGGUAAACCUGUGCAGCCACUGGUACUACAGCAAGGCCUGCUGCCACUCCUGCCGGGCCGUCCGCCCUCCGGUCUCCUAGUUCAGGAUGCCGCUGCUGCCUCUCUCCACCCCGACUCCAACACCAGAACCAGGAAACCCAGCAGGGAUUUUUACCUGUACUGCAGGUACUGUGAAAACUGAGAGGAAGGUAACUGUCACACCUGGUUUUAAGAAGCAGAACCUCUCAGACCAGAUGGGUGUAUCUGUAGACGGUUAAUAUUCCACCUCAUCAUCAUUUCUCAUGUCAUAUCUCAGCUGUAAACCCUAAAGUCGUUAUCAGUGGAAGGCAGUCCUCCCCGCCACGGUUUUACAGAUCUGUUAAAUUAUUUCUCAGCUGAUUAUACUGCAUGACGAGAAAAUUUAAUACAGAUUCUGUUAUUGAAACAUUAUUUAAUUUGUGCUUUAGUUUUAGUGUCUGGCAUGGCCCAACACGAACUGAACAUUUCCAUCCCCCUGCUGUUUGGUGCCAUGGAGCGUAUUUAUUAGUCAUAGCACAUUUUCAUUUUGCAUAACGGACCAAAUGUCAGCUGAUACUCAUCGAAUGGCCCGACGCCAGCUGACGGUUGCUUAGUGGGUGGACUGAUGCCAGUUCUGGUCUGUGAGUGACGCAUGAGGAAAGAGUUGAUACGAACAGACAGAAAGAUUCCUGACACUUGAAUUAUGGCUGAAGUGUUCUCAGAUGUGUUCUUGUAUGUCUCAUUUUAAACUGUUUUGUACUGUGUUUUUAUAUAAACGAUACCUCUUUGUACAAAACUGAAGUAUGAAACUUGUGUACUGUUGAUAGUAAACUGAAAAACUAAAGGUACUGAUGUGUAUUUCAAUUAAAUAAAAGUUCAAAUGAA